UUAUCAUUGUGUUAAACUUUAUGUGACCCACAAAACAUGUAUGCAGCAAGAGGAGAGGGGUUAGUACUGAUUGUAUUGUUAACAAGGCUAUGUGCAUCGACAUCGACUCCUGUAUGUUGUGCUCCAAACCAAUGGGAAGGACGCCUGUAUGUAGACUUUUUUGUUUUUCCAUAUGCCAUUCACACCUACGGUACGGCUGAUGUUGCGUACGAUUUUAUAAAUUCUAGAACUGUUAUAAAUGCAACACUAGUCGAAGAGAGUCCUUUUGCGGAUCCAAAAAAGAAGCAAUAUUCAACACUAUAUCUCGAAGACUAUACGAAUUAUUAUGAAUAUGAAUUAGACAACCGGGGAAACUGCCAGAAAACAAAGUUGGAUGUUAAUAUGACUAAGCAAUGUGUUCAAGGUGACGAUAGUUUAUUGUAUAGUGGUAAAGUCGGAGAACACAUUAUCACUGACACAUACAACAUUACCCUCGAUAAGAGUAACCCAAACAUUAGAGCAACAAUAGAAAGAGGUAGCUGUGUUCCAGUACAUUUAUACGUCACUCAUAAAGUAGACAUGUCUACUGUGGAUGUUUAUAAUGUGACACCUGGUAUUAAAGACACAAAGAUAUUUGACAUACCUCCUCAAUGUAAACAUGAUAGUCCAAAACACAGAAGGACGAUGGAGAGUAUGCAUGUAUUCCAAUUGAAAAUACGAGAAACUCUUCAGCAGGUGUUGUUUGGAGGGAGAAAGGAAUAAAAUGGUCAGAUAGAUUCAACUUGACAAACAUUUGUAUGAUGAUGUGGAUAACCAAUUUAUUUGGUCGUUUAUAUAUUUUCAAUAAAUGCUGAUUCAUUACAAA